AUGGCUUCAUCACAUCAGGCUCCUCAACGAGAGAGGCCCAAGCGACGACGCUCCCGAGAGCCAGACUGGUCUUCUUUCUACAAGAACGGCCUUCCCAAAGAAAUCAUCGUCAUUGAUGACACGCCCGAGCCCGAGGUCGCUCCUUCCCAGACUCAACGCUCAGUGAAUGGUGCCCCAGACGCCUACACCAAUGGCACAGGCACAACCCGCCAUGCGGUCAAGAAGCGAAAGCGGGACGACGAGGCCGUAAACGUCGAAGUCGGAUACUAUACCCAAAAAUAUGCCACUUCUCAUACCUCUACUCCUCAUGUUAACGGCAGCCUCUCUGCCUCCAUUUCAACCGACCGUACCACAGUCCGCACUGCGGCCGCCACUUCCCUCUCAUCCGGUUCACAAUAUGACUUCGAGAUCCAACUCGGACACAAGAGGAAGCGGACCCGACAACAAGUCGCCAAUGAGGCUAAACGACGAGAGGUAGAAGUUCUGGGCGACGCAUACAUCACUUACAAGCCACCGCCCCAACCGCCCAAGAAGGCGGGCGAGGUUCCCGUCCGUGUUGUACACGAUCACAACUACAGUAAGAACGUCAAGGUCGAUGACGAUGACGGGCACUACAUUGUCGUUCCCGAUGCCGACCUCACUGACCGCUACCAAAUGAUCAAACUCCUCGGUCAAGGAACGUUCGGCAAGGUCGUUCAAGCCCGAGACCGUCGACGAAACCGUGCCGUCGCCAUCAAGAUCAUCCGAUCUGUGCAAAAAUAUCGAGAUGCAUCUCGGAUCGAACUUCGAGUGCUCGCCACUCUGAAAGCUAACGACGAGGACAACAGGAACCGGUGUAUCCAUCUACGUGAUUGUUUCGACUUCAGAGGCCACAUCUGCAUUGUAAUGGAUCUUCUUGGACAGAGUGUCUUUGACUUCCUGAAGGGCAAUAGCUUUGUUCCAUUCCCUAACAGCCAGAUCCAGAGCUUUGCUAGACAGUUGUUCACAAGCGUUGCCUUCCUCCACGACUUGAACCUCAUCCACACAGAUCUCAAGCCAGAGAAUAUUCUUCUCUGUGAUAACACAUAUCAAACCUUCACAUACAACAGGAAGAUCCCCUCCUCGUCCACAACAGUUAAUCGCCAGGCAACCCAGAGACGUGUUCUUCUUGACACCGAAAUCCGCCUCAUUGAUUUCGGCUCAGCCACUUUCCAAGACGAGUACCACUCUUCAGUUGUCAGCACUCGUCACUAUCGGGCCCCCGAAAUCAUUCUUGGACUCGGCUGGUCAUUCCCUUGUGAUAUCUGGAGCAUCGGAUGCAUUCUUGUGGAGUUCUACACGGGCGAUGCUCUAUUCCAGACCCACGAUAACCUCGAACACUUGGCGAUGAUGGAAGCUGUCGUCGGUUCUAGAAUCGACAGCCACCUUGUCCAGACCGUGAACAAGAUGGCGACUAGGAAUGCUGGCAACCCAGCUUCGAAGUAUUUCAAGAGGUUGAAGCUCGAUUAUCCUACUCCGGACACCACGCGAGCAUCGAAGCGAUUUGUCAAGGCAAUGAAGCGACUCGACGAUAUCAUUCCUUCCACGAACCCUUUCCUGAAGAACUUCUUGGAUCUUUUGAAGAAGAUCUUCGUCUACGACCCGGCACGCCGCAUUACCGCAAAGGAGGCACUCCAGCAUCCUUGGUUCAAGGAGCCCGCUCAGCCAGACGAUGGAACGGAGGCGGCAAAGAUUCGAGCUGACAGGAUGCGAAUGGAAGCGGCUUCGCUCUCCAUGGAGGCCCGACGCCUCCCGCCUAUCCGAUCAUGA